AUGACCCCGUGGGGUCCGGCGGGGGAGUCGGCAGCGUGUCGCCAGGUUAUGCACGCGUUCCCCAGCGGGCCGGCCUCAGUGGCCAGCGACGCCUACCACGCGGCGAACUGCUGCGAACACGUCUGGGGUCAGGACCUGCGCCACCUGGUCGAAGCCCGCGCAGAGCUCCAUGGCGGCAUGCUCAUCGUCAGGCUGCAGUCCGGCGACCCUCCAGAGAUCAUCGUCGAGGUCUUGGAGAUACUUGGGAGGUACUACUCGGUGACGGUGAACUCGCUCGGCUUUCGCGAGCUGCCGCCCUACGUGCGUUUGAUGCACAGCGAUGGCGUAACGUUGGAGAUGGCAGAAGCCGUGCUGGCUAAUGUCAAGGCGAACCGCUGGAGCGCCCAAAAUGUGCUUCUGGCCAGCGACGGCACCCUCAUGCGUGAACCACGAGGACCAGCGCAGCGCUUCGCCUUCCAGUGCAGUGCAGCCAUCGUCCGCGGCCAAGAGAAGGAAGUACACAGGAACCCAGUGACUGACACUAAAUUGAGCUCCAAGAAAGGAAGACUGACUUUACAGCAUUCUGGCAGUGGAUACAUCACAGUAGAACAUGGCCAGGGAAACCCUGAAGAGGAUUGUCUUAUGCACGUGUUUAAGGAUGGCCACCUCCUUGUGGAGCAAACAUUUGAAGACAUCCGAAGACGUUCCCAAGAGCCUUUAGGCCACUUACUCAACGCAUAGCGCCACAACAUAUUGCAUGGCUCAUCCUAUGAGUGUCAGCAGCUCUGAAAUUGAGGU